GUAUUUAGAAGUGGAAGAAGGGAGGAUUAUCGUUUAGCUGUGCUUGACGUUUUUUAUUUUUCUCGUUGUUUAUAGUACGGGGAUUUUACGAAUGUUCUUGAAUUCUUUUCAUACUGCUAUCAAAAACUGAAGCUAUAUCAAUGGACUAGUCUUGUAGAUUGUGCGAAUGAGGAUACUUGAAUUGCGUUCAUUAGAUUUGUGCAGUUUUUUAUGAAUAUUUCAAGUAACGAUAAUAAAAAAAUGGCAUAUCCGGGUAUAGCAUGUGUAUUAAUCGGAGUUACCUUAGCUACACUUUUAUAUUAUAUGUUUGGAAAUAAUGAACAAGAACAAACACACCCUCCAUAUAAUACUGGAUCUAGGUACAGAGGAUCAAACGAUCAUUACGAAAAUAACUACAGUUCUUACUCAGAUGAUUAUCAUGAGAGGAGACGGGCUUCUAGUGGCUUAAGGGAUUUUGACGAUUGUACAAUAUGUUUAAAUCCAUUAACAAAUGGCAGAAAAAUUGUACUAAAAACAUGUAGUCAUGCUUUUCAUAAAAAGUGUAUCGAAGAAUGGAAGUCUAGAUCUAAUCAGAAAUCAUGUCCCAAUUGCAGAUGUCCAUUUGAAUAGGACUGCCAAAUUCAAUAAUGAAUAAAUAAUGAUUAGUACAAGAUUUUUGUACUCGUUGAAUGUUUUAGAAUGUACAUUAGAAACUAAGAUAACAUCACAUCAAAAUUUUUUUGUUAUCAAUAUUGCUAAUCAAAAGGGACUAUUUAACCAUUUGUUAUGACAAAGAAUUCUACUUCGAAAUAAUUUUUUACACCUGACAAAUCAAAGCAAGAAAGUGUUAUCUUAUAAAGGGGUACUAUAUUUAACAUAAGAAUUUUGUGCUCCCUUAUAUUAACGCUAAAGUUAUUAUACAGCUACCAUAUUUGUAUAAAACUACAUGCCUUAUCUUUUCAAUAUAGUAUAUAUUACAGGGUUAUACAUGUUAUGCCAGAUGCUGUGAUUUAGCAAAUUUACUGCGAUAUAUUUUUAAUUAUGAAAUUUCAAAUAUGUUGUAUGCUAUAGUUUAAAAUUACUAUUUAAUAUUUUAAAUAACAAGUAUGUACAAAAGCAAAAACAUGCGAGUUAGUUACUUUAAAAGUAUACUUAAAGUAUGAACAUUUUAUGAAAUGCAUAUUACAAAUAAUAUUAUAUAAGUAAUUCUACAAGCACUUUACUUAGGAGAUUAUCCAUUAAAUAAUGUUAUAUUCUUAUACACAUAAGGUUUUGAUAUAAAUCAUAUGAAGCAUUUCUAUUGAAAUAUAACAUUUAUAGCCCUGUGAAAAAAAAUGUUGAUAUAUACAUAUAAAUUUCAUUAGUAAUAAUACUUCAUUCUCUUUUAUAUACUAAAUUGAAAAUAAUCAUGAAAAAAUAAAAGUUAAAACACAUUUCUCAGUUUAGUGUUCUUUCAUUCUUUUUUGUUGUUUUGUAUUGAUUCAUCAAUUUAAUUGUUUGGUAGUAACUUCAUUCUGUAAAUAAGUUUAGCUAUUGAUACAUUUCAUACCACUCAUAUGUACUUUAGAUUAUUUAUAGGACUCAUUCAAAUACUUCAUAAAUUGUUUUAUUUAAUAAGGUUCCAAUUCCUACUGUAUAAGUUAACAAAUGUCAUUAUAAACACCAUUAAAAUGAGAAAAGUGUGAUGUUUAAAUGAAUAAAUUGUUACAUACUGAGAUAUAGCUUAUAAACACUAGAUUAAAAAGCGCAUUCUUAAAAGUGUAAAUUAGAAUAUGCUUUUAAGUAAUAAACCAUGUGAUUGAAAUUAUAUUUAAAGUAUUUUAAUAGACAUAGCUCAUCCAUAUAUUACACAAUAGUUAAAGACCAUUAAUCACUUUUACUGUAUUAUUAGAAAUUCAAUAAUAUUAAUAUUUCUAUCACUUUGUGCUUCUAACCUUGACAGUGUAAAGUUUUAGGUUUAACGUUUAAAAAACGAAAAACAGUUAGAGAAUGUGUGAAACGAAUUAAUGAUUGCAGGGAAAGAAAAUGAUUGUAUACAUAAAUAAAAAUAUAAGAAAUACAAUAUA